AUGACGCUCGACGCUUACACUUACGUCUUUGCCAUUGGCACCAUCUUCGCCCUCCUCGAGGCCUACAACAAUGGCGCCAACGAUGUUGCCAACGCGUGGGCGACGAGUGUUUCGUCGCGUUCCGUGACCUACCGUCAGGCCAUGGUUCUGUGCACGAUUUUCGAACUGACAGGUGCUCUCGCUGUCGGUGCCCGGACUGCCUCGACCAUCAAGAACGGUAUCAUUCCCAGCGACGCUUUCGGUGACAACGCCGGCGUCCAGCUUCUCGCUUUCGCCUGCUCGUCCGCUGGUGCCGGUAUCUGGGUGAUGUGGUGCACACGCCAUUCGGCUCACGUCUCGUCCACCUACUCCCUGGUUUCGUCCAUCGCCGGUGUUGGUGUUGCCGCUGUCGGUGCGAGCAAGGUGCAAUGGGGUUGGGCUGGCGGCCAGGGUCUCGGUGCCAUUUUCGCCGGUCUGGCCAUGGCCCCGUUCAUCUCGGGCUGCUUCGCCGCCAUCACCUUCAUGCUCAUCAAGGUUACCGUGCACAUGCGCAAGAACCCGGUGCCAUGGGCCGUUUACACCUCGCCGUUCUUCUUCCUCAUCGCCGGUACCGUCUGCACGCUCUCGAUCGUCUACAAGGGCUCGCCCAGCCUCGGCCUGGACAAGAAGCCGGCAUGGUACAUCGUCUCUGUCACGCUCGGCGUGGGAUUCGGUCUCUUCGUCCUCUCGGCCCUCUUUUUCGUUCCCUUUGUCCACGCCAGAGUCGUCAAGAAGGACCAGGAUCUCAAGAUCUGGGACAUCAUCCAGGGUCCCCUUCUUUUCAAGCGCCCCACGCCCACCGAUGCCGAGCACCUGCACGCCAAGGUCCCCGACUACGCUGUCGUCCAGCACUCGAGCGGCUCCGAGACCGAUGUGUCUGAGAAGACUAAGCAGGCGCCCGCGACCAAGGAGGUCACUUCCGACGAGGUUGCCGCUCUCCCCGCCAGCUCGGCUGCCUCCGACAGCGAGAAGAACGCGGUCCCUUCCAUCGAGUACACCUAUGAGCAGUACCAGCAGCUCCUCCGCGACGCCGAGGAUCGCCACCACGCCAACCUUCGCACCAAGCGCGGUCCUCUCGGCUGGGCCAUGCGCACCCUGCACAACAACCGUCUUUCGGCUGGCUCGAUUCACGAGACUCACAACCUGAUUGCCACCGUCAAGCGUAUCCCCGCCCAGAUCAUCGUCGCCAUUUUCUACGGCAUGCACUACGACAUCCACACCGCGCAGGUCGGCAUCAACAACUCGCCCGAAGGCCGCCGCAUGGCCCGUGUCUACAGCCACGCCCCCAAGUACCCCAACGAGGUUGAGCAUCUGUACUCGUACGUCCAAGUUAUCACUGCGUGUACCGCCUCGUUCGCGCACGGCGCCAACGAUGUCGGUAAUGCUGUCGGUGUCUGGGCUGGUAUGUACGCUGCCUGGUCCAAGGGCACCCCCAGUGCCUCCAAGGAGGACGUGCCGAUGUGGCAGUUGGGUGUCACCGCGGCUAUGAUCUGCAUCGGUUUCAUCACCUACGGUUACAACAUCAUGAGAGUCAUGGGUAACAAGCUCACCUACCACUCCCCAAGCCGUGGCUCGUCCAUGGAACUGGGCGCUGCCAUCACCAUUCUCAUCUUCUCCCAAUACAAGCUCCCCGUCUCGACCUCCAUGUGUAUUACCGGCGCCACUGUCGGUGUCGGUCUGUGCAACGGUACCUUCAAGGCUGUCAACUGGAAGCGUGUCGGGCUCCUGUUCUUUUCCUGGGUCAUGACCGUGCCGAUUGCUGGCUUGAUUGGUGGGUGUCUGAUGGGUCUGGCGCUCAACACUCCCCAUUGGUAG